AUAUGAACCUAGGUUGGAUAUUCCGGCAAAGAAAAUCCACCAUGCGCGUCCCCACAUCCAUCACGGUGUUCUGCACGCUCGUCGCGUACGCUACCGCACAGUGCAUGGAAUGCGCAUCAUCCGUCAUGUACAACAACGUGACUUACAACCUCAAGGAGCAGUGUACGGUGUACAGUGGAUACCAUUGCUUUUACAGAGGCGAUGACCCCGCAGGAGACUUCUGCGACUGUUAUUACAAUAAAACGGGAAUCAUUGAAAACAAUGAGUCGACGUACUUCUGCCCCACAGGGUCUUCGAAUUUCAAUGCAGCAUGCUCUGGUUGCCCAAGUUAAUUUGGCCAUGAUGGAGUUACGAAUGGAAGGACUUGAUUUGUCGGACUUUUCCGUAGCUUAGUCAUUCGGCUAUUAGUGGUUGUUAACGUUGAAGUACCGUUUGGUGAUGGCCGGUUCAACGA